AUGGAAGUCGAAACGAUGCUUGAAGAUGAUGGUGAAUUUACUACGCGCCCUACUGGGAACAGAAAACAAUCAACAAAACGAUUGAGUAAAUGGAAAUCCAAUUUGAUGCGUUUGGGUAUUACCGGUUUUGGAAUUGUGAUACUUGCAACUUUGGUCUCUGUUGCUAUUUUUAAAUCGGUGCACCAUGGUAAACAAUCAAUGGAUUCGGACACAAAAGAUACAGAUAUGCAAGAGAUUCUCCUGAAAGCUAUUUUCAGUACCAAUCAUGUACUGGAUGACGAACUUCGUUCAUUGAAAAUAACCAAUACUGACAAUAUUACAGAUCAACUGAACGCCAUAUUGAACGCGAAAAUGAUUAGCAUUUUCAAUGCAUUUUUUCGAAACCAUUCCAUCUCGAAUGGAAUUAUAUGUGGAAAUCCAUUAUCCGGAAAAGUUCUUCAAUUGAAUAUGGUCACUCUUUACCGGCGCCAUUGUAAAUAUCAGGACGACGAUAUGUGUAAAAUACAACUUCAGGAACAAUUAAAAACUAUAUUCAGUCAAAUGCCACUCAUUCCUAUGACGGUUCAGUUUGAUGACGGCCGUUCCGAAACAAUCGACACCCGAAUUUGUAGUAUUGCUGAAAUGACAGAAGCGGAAGAAGAAACCAUUGCAACAGAUACAAAAAUAAAAGCAAAACAAGCUGUGAUGCCAUCGGCAGUACGACGAAAAUUGGGGAGAAACAUGCCUCGUGCUAUUGCCACGCCAUAUUCUGCGUUACAGAGAGCUAGAUGUGCUCUUUGUAUCAAUAAAAUUGGCCUAGUCGAAAUGCCUGGUGAACUGGGAUCGAGAAUUAAUGAUGACAUCAGAACCAUUGACAUUUCAAACGAUGAUCGAAGUCGGCACUAUUUAACUGUUUCUGUUUAUGAACACGGAAACUAUAGGUUAACUGUCCAGCUGGAUUGCGGUGGAUAUUUGAGUAGAGAUAUCUCGGAUGCUCCUUGCAGUAAUUCUCUCAGUAUUACGGCUUGGAUUGACUUCAACGAUAAUGGAUAUGAUGAUGGUGAAACUCAACUUCUUCAGCGUGCUUGGCCAACUCAUGAAAAGGCAACAGGUAUAUAUAAUUUAGACGUACGUGUACCUGGCGUUGACGGUGCAACAACAAAACUUGGACCUCACCGUAUGACAAUCACUGUUACACCAAGUGACGAUUAUCGAGCACAAUGUGGUGACUUUUCAUAUAAAGAAGUUCGUGAAUACACAUGCAUCGUUAUUCAAAGAGAUAGACCUACUCUUCCGCCAACUCCUGCGCCUAUAAUCUGUCCUGCAAUCGCCAAAAUUAUUCUUGUUAUAAUGGCUGGUGAGAAAGGAACAGAAAUCCGUGAUGACUUACCAUCGUCUGCAGUAGCAAACAGUCAUCAAAAUCAACAUCAUAUGGCCGUUACACUUUUUGAACACACUGUGUAUUUACUACGCAUUCAACUGGACUGUUCUUCACAAUCAAGAACUGAAUUAACUGAAACUGGUUGCAAUCUUGCUCAAGACGUGAAUGUUUGGAUUGAUCUCAACGAUGAUGGAAAUUUCGACGACACAGAAGUCGGUGCUCCUUAUCGUUGGCCAGUGACCAGCUACAUGGCAGAGGGUAUCUAUGAUAUACAAAUAUACGUACCAGCGAUCAGUGCAAGAAAUAUAAGAAAUGGACCUCAUCGUAUGCGUAUUGCUGUUUCACCCAGUGACUAUUACAGAAGACUUCAUGGCGACUGUGACCUUAGUCAUACAAGAGAAUAUAUGGUUACUAUUAUUCCAAGAAUGAAAUAUUCUGCAAUCGAUGCUACACCCACUUCUGUGGUACCACACAAUGUUGCAUGUUCUCCUGAUGUUGGCAAACUCAUUCUUGUUGUCAUGGCUGGUGAGCAUCGAACCCAAAUUCGGGAUGAUGAUUCAACCAAAUCUCAGUUAAGCGGCAACCCGAGAAUUUAUCAACAUCUAGCUAUUGUACUAUAUGAAGACACUGUCUAUUUACUACGUAUCCAAUUAGAAUGCACUAGUACAGAUGGCAGACAAUCAGUUGGAAACAAUUGCAAUCUUCCACAUGAUGUAGCUGCUUGGAUCGAUUUGAAUGAUGAUGGAAGAUUUGAAGAUACAGAAUAUGCAGCUCCCUAUCGAUGGCCACUUACUAGCUAUGUACCACAAGGUAUCUAUGAUCUGCAAAUAUAUGUACCUGCUAUCGAUGGAAGAAAAACGAAAAGUGGACCACAUCGUAUGCGUCUUGACGUAAUGCUAAAUGAACAGUAUCGUCAAAAAUGUGGCAAGAAUGCUUACAGAGAAACGCGAGAGUACAAUGUUACUAUUGUUCAAAAGAAUAUGCAUCAAACGGUUGACAUCGGAGGACCUUAUCUAACAUUGAGCGAUUCAGUAUGUUCUCAAACCAAUGGUAAAAUUGUACUUGUUAUAAUGGCUGGCGAGAAAGGAUCACAUAUACGAGAUGAUACACCAAUAAAUACUGUGAUCCGUGAUACUCAAAAUCAACACCAUAUGGCUGUUACCACAUAUGAAAAUACUAUCUAUCGAUUACGUAUUCAGCUUGAUUGUGACCAACGUUCUAGUAGAAGUUCAUUUAAAAUCAGUUGCAACCUUGCUCAAGAUGUGAAUGUCUGGAUUGAUUUUAACAACGACGGAACAUUUGAAGAAUCAGAAAGCCGUACCCCUCAUCGUUGGCCACUUCGUACUACAAUGACAGUAGGCAUUUAUGAUUUGGAGAUUCCUAUACCUAGUAUUGAUGAGCGCAGUAUCAAAGGAGGUCCUCAUCGUAUGCGUAUCGUGGUACAGUCGAGUGAUGAAUAUCGCAGAAAAUGUGGAAGAUCUGACUACAGCGAAACACGAGAGUACACUGUUAACAUUAUUCCAAAGGAAAUUUCAAGAGACGAUCGUAGAGAAAUUCAAUGGGAAGCACCACGAGAAAUACCAAGAGAAAAUCCAUGGGAAGCGCCAAGAGAAACUUCAUGGGAAGCGCCAAGAGAAACUCCAUGGGAAGCACCAAGAGAAACUUCAUGGGAAGCACCAAGAGAAAAUCCAUGGGAAGCACCAAGAGAAAACACAUGGGUACCACCACAAGAAAUACCAAGAGAAAAUGAUUAUGAGGCCUACAGAACGACACAGUGUUCUCCUGGCAAUUUUGUCUGUUCCGAAGGGAAUAGUGCUAUUUUCUCGGUGAGUUUAUCCGGUGAGCAACAUACACAGAUUUGGGAUGACACAAAAACAUGCAACUCAGCAAACAAUUAUAAUGAUCGAAGCACUGUAGCUGUAACAUUGUUUGACAAUACGGCGUAUAAUCUUCGCAUUGAAUUAGCCUGUGUCCAGCAAACGAGUUAUGGUGAAUCUUUUAGUCAAGAUCCAUCAGUAUUUUCGACUGACUGCAAUGAUGCUCGCUAUCUAGGUGUGUGGGUAGAUUUCAAUAACGAUGGCACAUUCGACGAAAGUACAGAACAAUUGAUUCCUAAUCAAUGGCAUAGAGAUGACCCUCAUGUAACUGAAACCGACUUACGCAUUAACAUUCCACAAAUUGAUAAUAGAUAUUUCUUGAGUGGACAACAUCGAAUGCGUAUUAUUUUAACUCAAGAUGAACGCAACCGAAGACCAUGUCAAAGUAGUGGCUAUGGUGAAGUAAGAGAUUAUACAGUUCAAAUUAUGCAGAAGCCUGCAUACUGA